AUGGCAGCAGUGACGAAUACCAAUAUAUCGAGUGUUGUCGACCGAUUAAAAGCAAGCAGUGGAAAAGGCACUACCACGUAUGGUCUUUCAGAUCAAGUCACUCUUCUUCAGCAUGACCCUAUGUUUGCUUCCUUGAUUGGCGAAUCCCCGUCGCAUUCUCUUCUAUUUUCAACUGCCGGCUCUACCAAUAAUCCUUUCUUUCACGAGGCUUGUGUUUUGCUGCCCGACCAUGAUGAACUUUACAUCACAUCCAAUCUUCUCCAAGCUUCUAGCUCCGCAAAUUUUCCCACUAUUUUGAUCUCUAGAAUCAAAAUUCAUCGUGAUGAGGAUGGAAGUAUCAAAUCAGCUGAUUGGGUGAAAAUGCGUCCUCCACCGGGUAUAGAUAUGCCGAAUGGUGGUGUCAAUUACCAAGAUGGAAUUCUCUUCUGUGCUCAAGGAAAUACAAACGCAAGCUCGGGUGGUAUUUAUUAUAUGCCAAGAUCUUCACCUCCAAAACCUAUGGUGACUAAUUUUCAUGGAAGACCAUUCAAUUCGGUGAAUGAUGUUGUGGUAGCUAAAGAUGGUAGUAUUUGGUUUACGGAUCCAUGUUAUGGGUGGGAGCAAGAUUUUCGACCAAGACCUAAGUUGCCUUGUCAAGUCUAUAGGUUUGAUCCUGUUACGGGGGAUAUUAGGGUUGUCGCAGAUGGGUUUGGUAGACCGAAUGGAAUUGCUUUUUCAGUGGAUGAAUCAGUGAUUUAUAUUACGGAUACAGAUCAAAUUCAUGGAGAUGGGACUAAAGAUUUUAUGCGCCCUGCUACUAUAUAUGCCUUUGAUGUUCACACGUCUUCAGGUGCACCUUUUCUUAUCAACCGAAGAGUAUUCGCAUAUGCAGCAGAUGGCUUCCCAGAUGGUAUCAAAUGCGAUAUCCAUGGUAACGUGUACUCUGGCUGUGGGGAUGGUGUCGAAGUCUGGAAUUCAACCGGGACUUUAAUUGGAACGAUUUUAGUUCCUGGUGGUGUUGCCAAUUUUUGUUUUGGAAAGGAUGGAGAAAUAUUCUUAUGCGCCGAGCAGAAAUUUUGGAGAUUACAAUUGGCAAGGACGACAAAAGGUGCAUUGCUUGGUAUCUAG